GCUCGAGUAGCGAACUCGGGUCGGCGCGAUUCAAACACGGAAAACAAUCGAAUUAAUUCGAUUUUCGAACCAAUUGUUACAUCGUGUGGCUAAGUUGUGAUAUUGUAUUCUGUUAUUAUGUCGUGUUAGGGUAUCGUGUGGGAUUUCUAGGAGAAAAUCGCAUUUCCGCGCGGAAUGUCGAGUAGCUAGCAACGGAUGACGAAUAUAACUGGAUUCUAAACACUAAGUGGGAUUUGGCAAUAUGGCAGACAAUGUCGCCUUUGAUGAUGAGAAGCUGGUGGUCGGGAGUCCCAACCAGAGGAACUGGCGCGGGAUCCUCAUCGCGUUGCUGGUCAUCGUCCUGGUUCUGGCUCUCAUCGUAACCUCCGUGGUGCUGCUCACUCCUCCUGAUGAGGGGCCGCGAGUCAAGGGCAGGAGGCUCCACAUACAGGACCUUAUUAAUGAUGAGCUGGUGCCUGUGAGAUGGAACGGGACAUGGAUUUCUGCGGACGAGUUUGUAUAUCGUGACGUGUGGGGAGGAAUCAGUCUUAUGUUUGCGGCCAACCAAACUUCCAAGACCUUGAUGCCCAACACUACGUUUCGCGUGUUGGAACCGAGUACGUUCUCGCUGUCUGCUGACCGGCGAUUCCUCCUGUUGGCACAGACUCCUCGUCAGCUACAUCGGUUCUCAUACCUGGCGAGGUAUACCAUCUACGAUGUACUUACCACUGAAUCGUACCCCUUAACGCCUCUACCAGAUGAAGUGGGAGGAGUGAUUACCGAAGGACCUCUACUGCUGCUAGCAAUGUGGACUCCUAAAGGACACGGGCUCAUCACAGUGAAGGAUUACGACAUCUUCUACCGGCCUGCACCACGGUCGUCAACCGGUUACCGGGUCACAGACACCGGUAUACCCGGUACAGUUCAUAAUGGAGUACCUGACUGGCUCUACGAAGAAGAGAUACUUAAGUCUCGUUCUGCGUUAUGGAUGUCAGCAGAUGGCCACAUGGUGCUGUACGCCACCUUCAACGACACCCUGGUCCACGAGCAGAAGUAUCCUUGGUACGGAGCUGCCACGGAUUCAGAUGAUCCUGUUCAGACUUACCCAGAAAUCAGAAGUGUGCGGUAUCCGAAGCCGGGGACCAACAAUCCAACAGUGAAGCUAACAGUGGCUGACAUCGCGGACCCCAAACAUAUCAGAACACGUCAUCUCUCACCGCCUAAAGCUAUUUUAGAAGAGGGAGACUACUACUUCACGAGCGCGCAAUGGGUGUCUUUAACAGAAGUGUGCGUCGUCUGGCUGACCAGGAUGCAGAAUCUAUCCAUCGUGUCCGUCUGCAAGAGUCCCAUGUGGUACUGUCAAGAGGUGUACAGAAUUACAUCAGGAACAGAAGGUUGGGUGGAACCAGCCCCGGCACCGUUUUUUUCUGCUGGAGGGGGAGCUCUGGUGACCCUGGCACCAAUCAGAGACGGACCUGCUGGGCUGUUCCGUCACGUGGUGAGGUCGGAGCACAACUCACACGGUCCUAGAGCGUUGCCGUUGACACACGGCAGCUUUGACGUCGUGAAGCUUCUGGCAUGGGAUCAUGCUAACCAGCACAUAUACUAUCUAGGUAUACCUGAAGGUAAGGCUGGCCAGAGACAUCUGUACCGGGUCUCAUCUGAACCACCAAGACCGGGAACCCCUCAGAAACUGCCCUACUGUGUUACCUGCAUAUCUCAUCCGCUGCCGUCAAUAAACCUGGACUACUACGGCAACUUAGCCUCGUACCUCUACAGCUCGUGGGACAGUGAGGCUGACGAAGAACUCCCCUCCACAGCGCCCACUCCCACGAAGAAGAAAAAGAGAAUUGUUGAUCUACCUCAGAUACUGCCGUGCUUGUACCAUGAUGCACACUUCAGCCCUGCAGCCACAUACUUCGUGCUGGAGUGCCUUGGACCCGGCGUGCCCACAUCCAGUCUGCACAAGACAGCCUUGCCUGAACCCAGACUGGUCAUGCAUCUGGAGAACAAUACCGCUGUUAAGGCCAUAUUGUCUGGCAUCGCUAUGCCAACCCCACGGACAUUCUCCGUACAGUUGUCCAGUGGUCAUGCGGCGCGGGUGCGACUGCUGCUGCCUCCAGGGUUGAGAGAAGACGAGGUCACUAAAUAUCCCUUAGUACUUAAACUGCAUGGAGUGCCGGGCACUCAGCUGGUGACAGAGAGGUGGUCGCUGGACUGGGGCUCGCUGGCUGCGAGUGGUGGGGCCAUAGUGGCGAUGGUGGACGCCCGGGGCUCUGGAGGACGAGGGCUGGCCACCCACCACACGCUGCACCGGAGACUGGGAACUGUGGAACUGGCAGACCAGCUCGAAGUUACUGAGUAUCUUCGCGAGUCCCUACACUUCGUGGACGCACGGCGCGUGGCCGUCUGGGGCCGUGGCCACGGAGCCUUCCUCGCGACCCUGGCUUUAGCCAGCUCACUCAACGUGUGCCACUGUGCCAUCGCAAUCACACCUAUCCUGCGCUGGAGGUAUUACGCGUCAGCAUAUGCAGAACGCUAUAUGGGAUUCCCAAACGUGACUGAGAACUACAGAGGUUACGCCGACGCUGACGUCACCAAGCAGGCAGUAGCGUUGCACGACAAGAUGUUGCUGUUGGUGCAUGGAACUGCUGACGAGACUGUGCAUGUGCAGCAAACUAUGGCGCUAGCGAGGGUGUUAGAGGACCAGGGCAGCAUGUUUAGGUUGCAAUUGUACCCCGAUGAAGGGCACAGUUUGAGUGGAGUUAGAAGACAUCUGUACCGAACGAUGUCUUCAUUUCUUGACGAUUGCUUCCGGAAGCAAGUACCUCCAGAAACGAAAGCUGGUCUCCGGAACGGCGGGAAUCUUGACUGAGAUACGUGGAGGGAUGAGGAGCUAAACACGUGGUGACACGUUAUACAGAAGCCGCGUUAUGAACCCCUAGUACAAUUAUUACCAUAUCUCCUCGAAAUGCCUUGGACUGAUGAAGCUUCGUACAUCGUGCUCGUCAGUGCGUGAUUACACUAUUCAUUGACUCUUAUCUCCUAGUACUUGGAAACUACGAAUAAAUAAUAAGUCUUGGCAACGUUUCUUGUGAAGCCAAGAAAAAUGAAAACUAUUAUUAGUUCGAAUGAAAAAUAUAAUUUUAAUUAACUAACAUUAUACGAUCUCUUAAAAAACAUUUCGUUUCAUGUAUAAUGUGAAAUACAUACCCAGCGAUGUCCUUUAAUUAUACAAUUUAUAUUGCUAAUAACCACUUUCAAUCGCUCAAUUCUUAAUCAAAUAUAGUUUUAACCAUAGACUUACAAUAUACUAACUAUAGACAAAGACAGCGUGGAAGAGAAAAGAACAUCUCUUAAGCGAAUAUAUUGUUAUGAAACCGAUUUUGAAUGACAAAUCGCAAAAAGUUUGCAUUUACAUUAGCCCCUUAAUAAAUUAAAUAUUAAACAGUACACAUUGACAAAUCACAAUUGCUCAAAUACUUUAUCGGACUGUCAGUUUAUCUAUAGCUAGUAUAUUCUAAGUCUAUGGUUUUGCCAGUGGUUGCCAAAAAAUGUAAAAAACAGCAUUAUAUCUUUAUAUAGGAAUAAUGGCUCGCAUCGUACGGUAUAUAGCAGUAGUAUUUAUAGGUAUCUUCUACGAUUAAGGGUGAGAUCUAUAGAGCGUAGGUACUUUGACUUUGCUCAGACUUUACUAACGUAAAACUUAGCUGCGUUGAAGCUUAGCAUAAUCUUUGAUUUCGUUGUUUUUGUCAUUUGACAGCUGAAAUUAAGCGGAGCAUAAGGCGCGGUCAUAUCCACAUCCACAAAAAUUGGUUUCUUAGAGAGUCGAUAAUAACAUAA